GUUUACGGCCAAGGAUCUGGCCUGGACUGUAGGCGCCAUGUUCAGAAGUUAAACUUGCUGCAGGGUGAGGCAGAGGAAGCAAUUGGUUGGAUGUCUUGGCACAUAGAAGACUUUGUAAAUGACAGCAAAAAUAUAGCAGCCCAACCUGAAGGCAGUUCAGUCCAGCAGGAGGGAGGGGCAGAAGUAAAUCGCUGGAGGAAAUACCUGGACAAGGACAGUGAAGAUCAGGAAGAUGAAGAGGAGGAGGCAGGUACAGAAAGGCAACAGUUCUGUUCCAGGAGGGAAAACACUGUGGAAGAACAAAGGAAGCACCAGAAGAGCCUCCACUCUGGUGAUGUUCAGGAGUAUGCAGAAGAAAAUGGAGUUUUCCAGCUUGCCUACCAAGCCAAAAAGCGCAAGAAAUGUUUAGUAGCAGCGCCUGGUCAAGAUGAUGGAGGGGCUGUUUCUGGAGACAGAGUAGUUUCUGAAUCCAUAGUGCCUGAGGAGAAGACACCAACUGUUCAUACCAAACCCUCAAAGUGGGAAAAGUUUCUCUCGUGUUCAGAGAACUGUAGUGACACUGCUGCCAGCGUCACCCUGUCACCACAGGAGGGCAGCGGACGGUUGGGGCUACACAGCACUGCUGCAGUGGCCAGUAGAUGCCCCGAACAGGCUCAAGGAUCUCUACGUCGAGGUACAGGUUUUGAAUUUCAGAAGUGUGUUGCUAGCACUGAGCAGCUUGCCUCAAAACUGCCUGGCACCGUGGUACCCAGCACCAGUUACUCAGUUGAGGAGGAUGUGUUGUCCAGAGAACCUCGAAGCCAAUUCUUGAGGGCAGGAUCUGGUGCCACAGAGCCCACUGCAGGAAGGUGCUGCUUGGCUGGCACAAGGAGGACAAACACGCUCAUUAACUGUAACACUGUGCCAAGGCCUAGCAGCAUUUCUUGUGAACAGCUCUUCUGCACCAAUGAAGACUUUGAUGAUGAUCUCUGA